CAGGCAUCAAAGCCGUAGGAGGGAAAUGGCACCAGGACCUUCAUCAAAGAGAAUAAAGACGCUGUCGAUAUGCCGUCCCAUAGUGUAUGGCAACACAGCUAAGCCCUUUGAUCCGGAGCACAGGCCACCAAAUGCGCCAUCAGAGCAUACCCAUACAUGGACGGUGUUUGUUCGCGGUCCGUACGGUGAAGACGUCUCGUACUUCAUCAAGAAGGUUGUGUUUAAACUGCACGACACCUAUAACAACAGUACGAGAUCCAUCGAGUCUCCGCCGUUUGAAGUCACGGAGACCGGCUGGGGUGAGUUUGAGAUCGGGAUUAAGAUAUUCUUCGUCAAUGAAGCCAACGAGAAGAAUGUGUCGCUGUAUCACCACUUGAGACUACACCCGUAUGGGUUGCCUCUCAAUGCCGUGCCUACUGAAGAGCAGAAGAACGUUGAAAGCAUACAGUUCGACGAAGUGGUGUUUAAUGAGCCAACUGAACAAUUGUUCCAUAUAAUGACACAGAAGCCGGGUAAUAUGGUUCCAGAGUUGAAGACGCAGAGCGUGUUCAGCAAACAGACAGAAAGAGAGGAAGUUGUUAGGAUUGAGAAUGGAAUCAAGAAAGUCAGACAGGAGAUUGAAAAGUAUACGAAGAAGUUGAAUGAACUUCAACAGAUAAAGGGUCCUUGAAGCUUUCCAUGUUUAAUGAAUAUGUACGGGUUGUACAGUU